AUGCCGCCCGGCAAGGUCCUGCAGCCGGUCCUGAAGAUGAAGGUGGACGAGCUCUUCCUGUGCUGGCUCAGUGAGUCCAGCACGCAGGCGAUGCUCCGGGACUGCUUGCGGAGGAUCCAGAUGCCCGCGAUGCCCGAGAGGGGCGCGGGAGACGCGGCGCAGCCGGGGCCCUGGCUCGCAGCCGCCGCCCCCGACCCUGCCUGGAGGCCGCACGAGUGCGAAGGUCCCGGGGCGCCCGGCCCUUCCCCCGCGUCCACCGCGCUUCCCGUGGGAGCCGCCUCCAGUGCCCGGAGUGGGCCGCCGAUUCGAGGGCCUCGACGAUCCGGAGGGGCGAGAGUAGUCCAGACGAGGAAGGAGGAGCCCCUGCCGCCCGCCGCAAGCCGGAGCAUCCCCACCUUCUACUUCCCCCGUGGCCGCCCGCAGGACGCGGUGAACGUGGACACCGUCAUCGCCAAGAUCGAAAGGACCUUCGCGCAGUUCCCGCACGAGAGGGCCGCCAUGGAGGAUAUGGGCCGCGUGGCCAAGGCCUGUGGCUGCCCACUCUACUGGAAGGGACCACUCUUCUGCAGCGCUGGCGGGGAGCGCACCGGCUCCGUGUCCGUCCACAAGUUCGUCGCCAUGUGGAGAAAGGUCCUGCAGAACUGUCACGAUGACGCCGCCAAGUUCGUGCACCUGCUCGUGAGCCCCGGCUGCAGCUACCUGGUGCAGGAGGACUUCGUGCCCUUCCUGCAGGACGUGGUGAACACGCACCCCGGCCUGGCGUUCCUGAAGGAGGCGGCCGAGUUCCAUUCCCGCUACAUCACCACGGUCAUCCAGAGGAUCUUCUACACCGUCAACAGGUCCUGGUCUGGCAGGAUCACAUGUGCCGAGCUCCGGAGGAGCACCUUCCUGCAGAACGUGGCUCUUCUGGAGGAGGAGGCAGACAUCAACCAGCUGACGGAGUUCUUCUCCUACGAGCACUUCUACGUCAUCUACUGCAAGUUCUGGGAGCUGGACACGGACCACGACCUGCUCAUCGACGCACAGGACCUGGCCCGGCACAAUGACCACGCUAUUUCCACCAAGAUGAUCGACCGGAUCUUCUCCGGAGCCGUGACGCGAGGGAAAAAAGUGCAGAAGGAAGGAAAAAUCAGCUAUGCGGACUUUGUGUGGUUUCUGAUCUCCGAGGAGGACAAGAAGACUCCCACCAGCAUCGAGUACUGGUUCCGCUGCAUGGACUUGGACGGGGACGGGGCGCUGUCCAUGUUCGAGCUGGAGUACUUCUACGAGGAGCAGUGCCGGCGCCUGGACAGCAUGGCCAUCGAGGCCCUGCCCUUCGAGGACUGCCUCUGCCAGAUGCUGGACCUGGUGAAGCCCCAGAGGGAAGGGAGGAUCACGCUGCAAGACCUGAAGCGCUGCAAGUUGGCCAACGUGUUCUUCGACACCUUCUUCAACAUCGAGAAGUACCUGGACCACGAGCAGAAAGAGCAGGUGUCCCUGCUCAGGGAGAGCGAGGGCGAGGGCCCCGAGUUGUCUGACUGGGAGCGCUUCGCUGCCGAGGAGUACGACAUCCUGGUGGCCGAGGAGGCCGCAGGGGACCCCUGGGAGGACGGGUACGAGGCUGAGCUCAGCCCCGUGGAGCAGAAGCUCAGCGCCCUGAGGUCCCCGCUGGCUCAGAGGCCCUUCCUGGAGGCGCCGGGCGGCCUGGGCGCCGUCGAGCUCUACGAGUACGAGGGUGGGGACGACGACCUGCCGCGCUCAUGA